GCGAAACUACAACACGAAUCAGUGUUCCUAGCUUUACUUUAACUCUGGCGUAGUUCUGACGUCACGGGCACUAUCUACAUGUAGAAGUUAUGUUGAAAACAGUGAAAAGUGAUAGAAAACUUUUGAAUGUCUGUGAUUUGCAAUAUAUGUCUUGGACUAGACCACCUAGGUAAACAAUGGUCAUGGCGGAGAGAUCUAAGGCGCAAGUGCGGGUCGGAUUUUAUGAAAUAGAACGCACAAUUGGAAAAGGAAACUUCGCUGUGGUAAAAUUGGCUAAGCACAGAAUCACGAAAACUGAGGUUGCCAUAAAGAUAAUUGACAAGACCCGACUUGAUGAAGCAAAUUUGAAAAAAGUUUAUCGCGAAGUUACAAUCAUGAAGCUUUUGAAUCAUCAACAUAUAGUCAAACUUUACCAGGUUAUGGAAACAAAGAAUAUGCUGUACCUUGUAUCAGAGUAUGCUCCAAAUGGUGAAAUCUUUGAUUACAUUGCACAACAUGGCAGAAUGACAGAGCCUGAAGCAAGAAAAAAGUUUUGGCAAAUUAUAAAUGCUGUAGAUUAUUGUCAUAAAAACCGGGUGGUUCAUCGUGAUCUCAAGGCAGAAAAUCUUCUACUUGAUGCCAACAUGAAUAUCAAAAUAGCAGAUUUUGGUUUUGGUAAUUUUUUCACUGGAAAAGAGCCACUGGCAACAUGGUGUGGCAGCCCUCCCUAUGCAGCUCCUGAGGUUUUUGAAGGCAAAAAAUAUGUUGGUCCCCAAAUCGAUAUAUGGAGUCUUGGGGUGGUGUUAUAUGUGUUGGUAUGUGGUGCUCUUCCAUUUGAUGGACAAAAUCUGCAAAUUUUACGGUUCCGUGUUCUGUCGGGAAGAUUUAGGAUUCCAUUCUUUAUGUCAUCAGAAUGUGAAAAUUUGAUACGACGAAUGUUAGUAUUGGAGCCUGGUAAACGUUAUACCAUGGAACAGAUUAAAAAUCAUCAAUGGAUGCAAAUGGAUGGGGGUGCACCUAAGGCUGCCCCACCUAGCCCAAUGAUGGGAUAUGGACCUAAAGUUGGUGAAUAUAAUGAACAGAUUCUGAGACUCAUGCAAAGUUUGGGUAUUAGUCAACAGAAAACAAUGGAGGCAUUGAAGAAUGAUGCUUAUGACCACUAUACAGCCAUAUACUACCUGCUGCUGGAGAGAUUGAAGCAAACAUCGGAGUAGUUUCCCUAUAGACCAGCAGAUUGACUGUCACCGACGACGACCAAGUACCAUAGCUGAACAGGCUAUAUUACGAGUGGGACCUAAUUAUCAGCCACA